AUGCUGUUCUCUUGGAUUUUUAUCUUUUGCUUUCUGCAGAUUCCUACAUUUGUGUGCUCCUACACCAGCACCGAGUGCUUAGUCGGAAUGAAUUACCUUUUAAAUGGGAAAGGAAAUGUGGUGAUUUCUGGUUUUUUUCCUGCUUAUGCUAUCUAUCCACUCAACAAAACAAUUGAUUGGAGGAUGACUAAAUUUAACAGAGAUUUUAUGGUUGAGUUUAAGUUGAGGAACUACCAAAGUAUUUUGGCCAUGAUGUUUGCCAUUAAGGAGAUCAACAGCAAUUCCUAUCUUUUACCCAACACAACCCUGGGAUUUAUGGCUCAGAAUGUCCCAUCAGGUCAAAGAUAUACUUUGGACAGUCUUUUUGGAAUACUUUCAGGCUCUGGUCAUGCCCUCCCCAACUACAGAUGUGCAAGAGAUAGCAUGUCAGCUGCUAUACUUACAGGACCAUCAUGGUCAAUAUCUGAAUAUAUAGGGACACUGCUGGAUCUUUAUAAAUUUCCACAGCUUACUUUUGGGCCUUUUGAUACUACCCUGAGUGAACAAAGACAGUUUUCUUCCCUGUAUCAGGUGGCUCCCAAGGACACAUCUCUGAUACUUGGGAUUGCAUCUUUGAUGCUUCAUUUCCACUGGAUCUGGGUUGGACUUUUUAUUAUAGAUGAUCACAAAGGUGCCCAGAUUUUGUCAGACUUGAGAAGUGAAAUGGAGAAUAAUGGAGUCUGCAUAGCAUUUGUGGAAAUGAUCCUAGUCAACAGGGGUUCAUUUCUCACCACAUCCUGGAAAAAUCAUGUUCAGGUCCUUGAAUCAUCAGCAAAUGUGAUUAUUAUUUAUGGUGACACUGAUUCUCUACUAAGCUUAAUUGUAAAUAUUAAGCAGAAUUUACUCACAUGGAAAGUCUGGGUCAUGAACUCACACUGGGAUGCUUCUAAAUUUGAUAACUAUUUGCUCUUAGAUUCAUUGCAUGGUGCCCUUAUUUUUUCACAUCAUAAUGAGGAGGUCAUUAAUUUUACAGAUUUUAUUAAGACGGUCAAUCCUUUCAAAUACCCCAAAGAUACUUAUCUUCAUGUAUUGUGGCAUUCAUUCUUCAACUGCUCAUUUUUUAGGAAAGGUUGUAAAAUUGUGGAUAACUGUCUGCCUAAUGCCUCCUUGGAGUUCUUGCCAGGGAAGAUAUUUGAUAUGGCUAUGAGUGAAGAAAGUUACAAUGUGUACACUGCUGUGUAUGCUGUGGCCCACAGUCUACAUGAGAUGAUGCUCAAUCAAGUACAAUUUCAAACGUGUGAAAAAGGGAAAGAGAUGGUUUUCCUUCCCUGGCAACUUCACCCUUUUCUAAAGAACACACAAAUCUUCAAUCAUGUUGGAGACCAGGUGGUUCUGAAUUGGAAAUUGAAAUCACAUGAACAAUAUGACAUUCUCAAUUUUUGGAAUUUCCCAAAAGGUCUUAAGUUAAAUGUGAAGAUAGGAACAUUUUCUCCAAGUGCUCCAGAGGGCAAGAAGUUGUCCUUAUCAUCUCACAUGAUACAGUGGGCCACAGGAUUAACAGAGAUUCCUCAGUCUGUAUGCAGUGUGAGUUGCGAUCCUGGAUUCAGGAAAUCCCAUCAAGAGGGAAAAGUUGCCUGUUGCUUUGACUGUACACCUUGCCCAGAGAAUGAGAUUUCCAAUGAGACAGAUGUGGAUCAGUGUGUGACGUGUCCAGAAACUCACUAUCCAAACACAGAGAAGAACUACUGCUUUCAGAAAAAGGUAAUAUUCCUGGCCUAUGAUGAUCUCCUGGGCAAGAUACUCAGCUGCGUCUCCCUGGGCUUAGCCUCACUCACAGUUGUUGUUCUCUGGGUGUUUCUGAAGCACCGAGACACUCCCAUUGUCAAGGCCAAUAACAGGGCUCUCAGUUACACCCUGCUCAUCACUCUGACCCUGUGUUUUCUCUGUCCCUUGCUUUUCAUUGGCCGCCCUAGCACAGUUACCUGUAUCCUACAGCAGAACACAUUUGGGCUUCUGUUCACUGUGGUUCUUUCCACCGUGCUGGCCAAAACUCUCACUGUACUUAUAGCCUUCAAGAUCACCACUCCAGGGAGAAUGAGGAGGUGGCUGCUGAUAUCCAGGGCCCCUAAUUUUAUCAUUCCCAUCUGUACCCUGCUGCAAGUUGUUCUUUGUGCAAUUUGGCUGGCAACCUCUCCUCCAUUUACUGACAAAGAUGCUCAUUCAGAACAUGGACACAUCAUCAUCAUUUGCAACAAAGGCUCAGCUCUUGUCUUCUACUGCAUCCUGGGAUUCCUGGGCACACUGGCUCUAGGAAGCUACCUUAUGGCAUUCUUAUCCAGGAAUCUGCCUGAUGCAUUCAAUGAAGCCAAGUUCCUGGCUUUCAGCAUGCUUGUGUUCUGUAGUGUCUGGGUCAGCUUCCUCCCUGUCUAUCACAGCACUAAAGGGAAGGUCAUGGUGGCUAUGGAAGUCCUCUCUAUCCUGGCUUCGUGUACAUCACUAUUAGGCAUCAUCUUUGCCCCGAAGUGCUACAUCAUACUCUUACGGCCAGAAAGGAACUCACUACAUCACAUCAGGGACAAAACUUAG